UCCAGCGCCACCGACUCCGCAAGGCGCUACCAUGGUUGUUGUUGAGAGCGGCAACUUCAAUUUCAGCACCGAGGACAGCUCCGGGACGAACCCCAGCGCGAAUGACAGUGUCUGUGACUCUCUUAUGAACAGGGAGAAGUCCGAGCUCAGCAGGACAGGGCACACAGUGGUUGCAGUAUUCCUCGGUGUCAUUUUACUAUUAGGAUUCUUCUGCAAUUUCUUCGUCCUUCUCCUCUUCGCGCGGUUUCAGGUGCUGAGGACACCCAUCAACCUCAUCCUGCUCAAUAUAAGCGUGAGCGACAUGCUGGUGUGUAUCUUUGGAACUCCCUUCAGUUUUGCCGCGAGCCUCUACGGCAGAUGGCUCAUCGGAGACCAAGGGUGCAAAUGGUACGGUUUCGCCAACUCGCUUUUCGGCAUUGUUUCUCGAGUAUCCCUGGCCGUCCUGUCCUACGAGCGCUACUCCACGAUGGUGCCUUACAUGAAGGCUGACCCGGCUGACUACAAGAAGGCCUGGCUGGCCAUCGCAGGCUCCUGGCUCUACUCCUUGGUUUGGACGGUGCCACCUUUCUUUGGCUGGAGCAGCUACGGUCCCGAGGGCCCAGGCACCAUAUGCUCAGUGCAGUGGCACCAGCGCUCUUCUGGGAACAUCUCCUAUGUCACCUGCCUCUUCAUCUUCUGCCUCCUACUUCCCCUGCUGCUCAUGAUCAUCUGCUAUGGAAAGAUCCUCUUUGUCAUCCGUGGGGUAGCCAAAAUCAACCAGUUGGCUGCACAUCGGCGGGAGAUCCAUGUGUUGGUGAUGGUUGUCACCAUGGUGUCCUGCUACCUGCUCUGCUGGAUGCCCUACGGGGUGAUAGCUCUGCUAGCUACUUUUGGUCAGGAUGGCCUUGUCAGCCCCACAACAAGCAUCGUCCCCUCCAUCCUUGCCAAAAGUAGCACUUUUCUCAACCCUAUCAUAUAUAUGCUGUUAAACAACCAGUUUUACAGGUGCUUCCUGGCCUUUGUGAGCUGCGGGUCAGAUCAUCUGGCAGCCACACCCAAUGCACCCUGCCCAGCAGCCGAGUCACUAGCCCUAACGGCAACUCCCCUUGCCCAUGAGGAGCCUGACACAUCCCCUGGUACAUGCAAGCCCCUGGACAGUAGUGGGACCCCACUCUAGGUCUCAGCAGAGAGAGAAAUUGGUCCUGGUUGUGCACUACCACCCCUGAGGAGCUGACGUAUUUUGGGCCUACUCCACUGCUCACAGGAGCCAAGACACAUGGUGCCCACACUGCAAAAUGAUAUGAUAGAGGUUAUCAAGGCUGCUGUGAAAUGAAGGUACCAAACUAUCUCUAUUUUCAUUAGAUUAGGUAUUAUUUGUCAACUGGAUGUGUAAAUGUCAUUUAAAGUUGCCAUCAUACUGUAUAUGUAGCUAAGUUGCAGCAACCUUUUCCUUCACCCUGUGGCUGAAUGUGGCCUGUUCGGCCACAAGAUGGCAGCCUGCUUUAACAUGGCCAAUAUAGAUAACACGUUCAUCUUUCUUAGUUAUCCCAGCCCCUUGUACCAACCAGAUGUAAGAUCUCCUGUAUAUCAUUGAUAGAAAUAUAAUUAUAUUUCUAUGAUAUAAUCUGUGUAUCAAGCAGUCUGUGAAUUGAUGUCUGCAGAACUUGACUGCCGUUUUUCCAAUGUGAAUUCUGUGACAAAAGCCCAUUCAUCAUGAUGGGUUCUCUCUUUCAUAAGUUACUAUAAAUCUGAUGCCUUUUUUGUGUAUGCAUGUUCAAACACAGUAACAUUCACAAUGCUCCCGAUAUUUAUGUUGAAAAUCACCAUUAUUUUACAAGAUGAUUGUCACAUUAUUAGGAGGCUCUAAUGACUUUGACAUUAGGUUAUCAUUGAUUUAGUGAUCUGUUCAAUAAAGAUAUUUUACAAAGUAAAA